GCCAAGCAUCAUCAGCGGCGAAGAUGUUCUACUCUCAGAUCAUCCUCGCCAAGAAGGGGCCGCUGGGCAAGAUUUGGAUUGCUGCCCACUGGGACAAGAAGCUCAACAAGGCGCAGAUUUUUCAGACGAACAUCAACACCUCCGUAGAGAACAUCCUGCAGCCUACAGUGCCCCUGGCCCUCCGAAUGUCGGGGCAUCUCCUCCUCGGCUUGGUCCGCAUCUACUCAAGGAAGGUCAAGUACCUCAUGUCGGACGCGAGUGAGGCCCUCGUCAAGAUCCAGAUGGCUUUUCGGCCGGGGGCCACCGACAUGCCCAGGGGAGCCACCGUCGCUGCGCCUGGCGCCAUUGAAGCCCAAGGCUUCGGAGAGUUCGACGAGUUGGGCAUGGACGGCGGGCACAUGGAUGUCUUCAGCAAUGCCUUUGCUGUGGACAACUGGAUGGAGGAAGCUCCAGCGAAUCUAGCCAGGAGGACCGACAUCACCCUCACCGAUCCCGCAGAGAACAUGAGCUCCAUCAGCGGGCAGGACCGUAACGGCAGCUUCAUGCUGGGGGAGAGCAGCAUGGACUUUUCGCCGUUCGGUGGGGGGGGUGCCGCAGGCGGUGGUGCUGGCAGCGAGAGUAGGAUGAGCAUGGACCGCUCUUCCCGCGUGUCCCGCGUCAGCGACAUCGAGGCCGUACGAGACGGCGACAACAGCAGGCUCCGCUCGGGACACCUGAGCAUGAGCAUGGACGUCAUGGCCGCGGACGAAGGGCAGAUGGACGGCGGGUACGAUGACCUGGGCCCUCCCACGCACCCGAACGAGUUGGCGGACAUCGGGGGAGGGAGGGAGCUAGACGACGCGGCCGAGAUGAUGGACUUCGGCAACGACGGCGGCGAUGGGUUUGACGAGCCUGAGGUAGACGCGCCGGAGUUCAACCCGGACAUGGAGGAAGACCUGGGACAGGGAGGCGAGGGCGAAGAGGUGCUGCCGGGAGCCGUUCAGCUCGACGACGAUACCCUAGACUUCGACGAUGCGGGGUUCUCGCGGUCGGAGUUGCCGCCGAUUGGCGAAGCAGAAGUAGCCGUGGACCAAUCGGACGGGGAGCCCCAAGAGGAAGAGGAUCACGAGCCUGAGGUCAAGCCCAAGGCCACUCGCACUCGCAAGCGGAAGCUUGUUCUCGACCAAGUUACCCUCAUCGACAUGGCCACCAUGAAGGCUCAGCUACAGGACACCUCUGACAUCACACGCAAGCGCUGGCGGGGGCCCCGGCGAAUCGUCCAAGAGUCCCUCACCCCUGAGGAGCAGCUGGCGGCCCCGCUCAUGCCCUGGCUCGCCCCACCCAUCCAAGACAUGCUCAGGGCGUGCAUGCACCCUGGGGGCUUCCCCUUCCCGGUGCGGUUGCGAGCGCCAGCCGCGGGAGAGGGGGGCGACGGCGGAGGCGGCGGCGCGGCGGGCGUGCAGGGGGAAGAGGAUGUGGGGGCGGAGGAGGAGGAGGACCACGAUGACGUGGAGGUGACUCGUCGGGCAGAUGACAGCCGACACUCGAUGGGCGCGGGCGGGUUGAUGGACACGUCACUCGGGUCUGCCUUCAAGGACAACGCUGCAGGCCUUGAGAUGGAUAGACCCGGCGAGGGAGAGGGCGGAGACGUCGAUGCUUUCGAGCUCGGCGGCGGCGGUGACGGGAUGGACGUGGGAAACGACGGAGGGAUGGAGGACUUCGGCGACGGUGGCUUCGAGGCCGACCUUAACCUCAACGACGAUUUGGCCCCGGACAUGCAGGACGGCGGCGGCGACCUAGACCUUGGGGGAGGGGUCAACGACCUCGAAGCUAGCGGUGACCUGAAAAACGACAACGACAGCGACAGCGACAAGCGAAACGCCGACCACGAUCAAGAUCAAGACCAAGACGAGAAUGACGAGGACAAGGAGGCUUCUGCGCUGGAGGGGGCCGGGGCUGGGGGCGAUGCCGCGGAGACGGGAGCGUUGCCUAGACACAAGUGGCACCCGCACACCGUCAAGGUGAUCAAGAGCGGUCUGACUUGGAUUGUGGCGGGCACACAUGGCGACCGUUCGGAGACAUUCAUGACGGCCCUUGGUAGAUAUUGA